CGUGCGCGCGCGGAUCUCCCGGUGUGGACAUGGCUCGGGCUCGUGAGUGCGCGGCCGUGUACGUGCUGCUGCUGUGCGUCGGGCUGCUGACGGACAGGAGCUGCUGUCAGCACUUCUACCUCCUGCGGCCCAUCCCGAGUGACAGCCUGCCGCUGGUGGAUCUGAAGGAGGACCCGGACCCGGUCUUUGACCCCAAGGAGCGGGACCUGAACGAGACGGAGCUCAGGAGCAUCCUGGGGGACUUCGACGCCCGCUUUUUGUCCGUGUCUGUCCCCGGGGAGGACAGGUUCCCGGGGAACGACGAGCUGGACGUGUCGGACAGCCCGAGGGCGGGCGGCUUGAUGCCCAAAGAGAUCCGCGCGGUGGACUUCGACGUCCAGAAGAAACCCAAAGCCAGCAAGAAACUGAAGCGGCGGCUGCAGCAGUGGCUGUGGGCCUACACCUUCUGCCCGGUUCUGUACAGCUGGACCGACCUGGGUACCCGCUUCUGGCCGCGCUACGUGCGCGUGGGCAGCUGUCUGAGCAAGAGGUCGUGCUCGGUCCCGGAGGGGAUGGUGUGCAAACCUGCCAACUCCACCCACCUGACGGUGCUCAGGUGGAGGUGCGUGCACAGGAAAGGGGGGCUGAAGUGCGCGUGGAUCCCGAUCCAGUACCCAGUCAUCACAGACUGUAAAUGCUCGUGCUCGAGCUAAGAAUGAAGACUUUGUCAAGUUAAAUUAUAAGCUCAGUAAAUUUAUUUCCCCACGUGCACUACAGAGUGUGAGAAUGUAUUUUCUGUAUAUACAGUUUUUUUUUUUUUUUUUACUUCUUCCUGUAAAAAGUCAGUAUUAUUUGUACCCAGAGUCUUUAUUUGUGCAGAGUAGUGCUUUUUAUAUAUUUUGUAUUUAUGGACAUGU